AAAAAUUAAUUAAUUAAGAAUGAAUGAAUGAGAGUAUGCGUAGGAACAGGGUUUGUAAUGGUAAAGCACUUGGCAUAAAGUUCAAUGAAAAGGGAGGGUGGCAUUUUGUAUAAAGUAAAAAGAAAAUUGAUUGUAUAAUUGUAAUUUUUUUUACUUCUUUGUAAAAAAUAAAAUAAAGAUAAGUUCCAUUUUAAAAGUAAAAAAGCGAGUGGUUCCAUUUUAUAUUUCCUAGUUGUUGCCAAGGGUAAAACAAAAAAGAUUAUUAUUCGCAUUAUUAUAAAAUGAGCAUUAACUGACAGACUAUUUAUAUUGUCCAACAUUGAUUUUCCCUCCUCUUCUCUUCUCUUAACUAUAUUUCAAUUUUCACCUCCAUUUACACAUCAUUUUUAUUACAAUUUGAACAUUACAAAAUGAAAUUGUUUUUGAUCCUUGUCGCUAUUCUCACCACCACCCUUUCCAGCUUCGUCCAUGGCACGGCCACCCUCGGUACAUCCUGCGAUCCCUCCACAGACACCCCAACCUGCGGCUCCCCCACCCACCUUCUCUCCUGCAGCCAAUCUCACUGGGUAUUCCAAUCCAACUGCACUCUCGGCACAAGCUGUCGUUUAAACCAAUGCGUAAACACUGCAGAUGUUUACCAAGAAACCACAACCGUAUUUACCCCCGUGGCAUGCCCCCAAGGAGGCAAUGUCGAGGAUUGUAUUGAUUAUACUUUGUGGAGAGAAUCGUUUGUUAGUGUGGAGUUGAGUCGCAGUGAGGCGUUUUUCACGUUUACGCUUGGAGAGGAUACGGAUACAGUUACUAAUACUAAUGGUUCUAAUGGGCGUUUGGUUGGUGAAAAUAAAUUGUGGACCAGCUUGGUUAUAAGUUCUGUGGUUGCCGCUGCAGCUAUUGUUUUAUAAUUUUUUCGUGUUUUUUUUUGUAUUUGUAUACAUCCAUUUCUAUUUGUUUAUAUUAAAAUUUUAACAUCAUUUAUAAAAAAUACACAUGUCCGAAC